ACUUCCGUACCAACAAACCAACUAACAUCUACGAAUCGAAAAAUCUCAAUAAAUUUCUUGCGAUUCGGCAUCGGUUAUCCGGCACCGGGCAUGUGUUCUGAACUAUUUUACGCGAUUAUUAAUGAUUCAUGAUUUUUCUUUAACAUUUUCCUAGUUUGGAUAUCGAACCGUCGACAUGGCCGAGUACCUGGCAUCUAUAUUUGGUACCGAGAAGGAUAAGGUCAACUGUUCAUUUUAUUUUAAAAUCGGCGCCUGCCGUCAUGGUGAUCGCUGUUCAAGAAUACAUAAUAAGCCUACUUUCAGUCAGACUGUACUAUUGCAAAAUCUUUAUGUAAACCCACAAAAUUCUGCAAAGUCUGCCGAUGGAUCACACUUGGUUUCAAAUGUAACUGAUGAAGAAAUGCAAGAACAUUAUGAUAAUUUCUUUGAAGAUGUUUUCGUAGAAUGUGAAGACAAGUAUGGUGAAAUUGAAGAAAUGAAUGUUUGUGACAACUUAGGAGAUCAUCUUGUUGGCAAUGUUUAUAUCAAGUUUCGUCGAGAAGAACAUGCAGAAGCAGCUGUUAACGAUUUAAAUAACCGAUGGUUUGGUGGACGUCCAGUUUAUGCUGAAUUGAGCCCUGUAACAGAUUUCCGAGAGGCCUGUUGCCGUCAGUAUGAAAUGGGAGAGUGUACUCGUAGUGGGUUUUGCAAUUUCAUGCACUUGAAGCCAAUAUCACGAGAAUUACGUAAAUAUCUUUAUAGUCGUCGAUCACGCAGACAUCGUUCACGUAGUCGUUCACGUGAUCAUGUUGGAACACGUAGAACCAGAUCACCUUCUCCUAGACAUGGCCAUCAUCGUGGUGGGGGUGGUGGUGGCGGCGGCGGCGGUGGUGGCGGUGGCGGCGGUGGAGGAGGCGGUGGUGGAGGAGGAGGAGGACGUAGAGAUCGUAAUAGAUAUUAAUUAUAAUUAUGUUUUUAUUGUAGCGAAUAAUUUUUUUCUCGACGUUAAAUGGUUUACCAUUUAACAACUUUAUAUUUUCAUGUAAUUUGUGUUUUAAUUUUAUAGAUAAGUUAAACUAUAAAAAAAUAAGAACUUAAUAACCAAAAUAGUUUGUUUAUUUCAACCUAUUAAUUAUAAUAUCGAUUAAUAGCGCGUUUAUUUAUCUUCCAGUUUUUAUGUGUUACACAAAUAUACAUUUAACAUUAAUUAUUCUGAUUAGUCACAAACGUCUAGUUGUUAAUUAUUUUUUUUUCAGAAAAAUAAUUUAAUGAAAUGCCAUUUGAAUUGUAAACUGUUAAUACUGACAAUAAGGAAAAAACUAUAUUAUAACUACAUUUUUUAAUUGUAUUUAUAUACAUGCUAAGUUAUUAUAUAAUAUCUGCGUUUUAAUAAAAAUGC